AUGGCUUUCUUAUCAACUGCUGAAGCUUGUGAUACGAAUGUAGCACUUUUGUCGAGUUGUGAUCUACGGGUCCUGCAACCUAUCUUCCAGAUUUAUGGCCAACGUCGAGCGUUCUGUGGCCCCAUUGCCACUGUUAAGGUGUUUGAAGACAACGUGUUGGUCCGAGAGCUUCUUGAAACCCGAGGAGAAGGUCGAGUCCUGGUCAUAGACGGUGGAAGCAGCACAAGAUGUGCCUUGCUAGGAGGAAAUCUUGGACAAUUGGCCCAAAAUAAUGGCUGGACUGGUAUUGUAGUUAAUGGCUGUAUUAGAGAUGUAGACGAGAUAAACAGCUGUGAUAUUGGGGUCAGGGCCUUGGCAUCACAUCCCCAGAAAUCAAACAAAAAGGGCAAUGGCGAAAAACACGUCCCAAUUCACAUUGCGGGAACAUUAAUUCGUGACGGGGAAUGGUUGUAUGCAGAUAGUGAUGGCAUACUAAUAUCCAAAACCGAGCUGUCUAUCUAG